AUGAGUGACCCGGUGAUGGCGGCGGACGGGCAUUCUUACGAGCGGUCGGCGAUCGAGCGCUGGCUCGCGACCAAGUCGACGAGCCCGAUGACGGGCGAGGCGCUCGUGCACACCUUCCUCGCCCCCAACCACAUGGGUCUCUCGGAACUGCCGCGGUUGGGCCUUGAGCGUUGA